ACGACUUAUCACCAAUCUCUUAAUAACAUUUUUCAAUACACCACGUGGAGACAGCAAACGAUUUGAGAUACUACAACUAAUGUCAAGCAUGCUGCAAUGGACCGACGAGCAAAAAGAACAGGUCGGACUGAUUCGAAAAUCAUCGGCACCGUCGUCGCGUCUAAGUCCUGAAGAUCGGCCCAGUGGAUGGGUAUCUGGUUUAUGGACGCCGACGUCGGAACGGCCACUUAUUCGAAAGUCUGAGGAAGUACCUAGAAGUAAUAGUAAUCUGCUGUUGCCGGUAAAUGAGGAUGCCCCAAAAGAGUCUUUUUCGGAUAUGUGGAUAUCAUUCUUACUGAAGGAAGCAACGGGAGGAGUCAAGUGGAUAAUCAUUGAGAAAUGA